AUGAUGGACUCCUUGGUGGCGGAGGGCAUGGUGAGACUGAGGGGCGGGGACGAGGAGCUGGACCGUGCGGAACGCCUCGUGAGGGAGUUCGAGGCGGACAACUGGACCACAGAGGCACCUGUAGCGAUCAGCGAUGAGGACGUGCUGCUUCGGAAAGGUUUUCUCCGGAACAUGCAGGCCAACCAGACCGAUGUCAACCUCCACUUCCUUCGCGAUAGGGGAGUCGUUGUGGUGCGAGGUCGGCAGAAGCAUGCCGAAAGCGCGGCGACCUUACUGCUAUCGAAGCUGCACGGAGGAGGGGAACUCGAUGAGAACGGGAUGCCUCCUUGUUCAGUGUCCUUGGUUGCCGUGGCCCCAUCCGGCAUGGAGGUCCUCACGGCUCGCGGCCGUCUGCACCUCAAGAGGCUGUCCGCCGACACCGGGACCGAGAUGCACGUUAUCCCCCCUGCGUCCGUGGUUAGGAUCAGAGCCCGGGGCCGGGACCCCGAGGCCGUGGCGGAGGCCACGAGGGCCCUCCUGAGGUUCGUAGGGGGCCACCGGGCGGAGGUCUUCUUGGACCUAGCCAAGGUUGAGUCGGACGCGUCUCCUCCGGCUCGACGUUCUUCCAGCGGCGGCGGCGGCGGCGGCGGCGGUAGCGAAGGCAAGGCCGGAGCGGAGGCGAUGCAAGAGGUGGUCAGCGGUGGCGGCGGCGGCGGCGGCGGCGUUGGCCGGGACGGAGGUGUCGGGGCUAGCGCGGCUGACGCCAAGAAGGCCGUACGGACGCCGGUAAGCUCGGUGAGCAACAAGAUCAUUCGGCGGACGGUGAAGCUCCAUGGCUGCGAGGCGGAGUUUGUAGCGGCCCCGCCGCCGUCGCCCCCGGUGUCCUCCAACACCGCUAGCGGCGGCAGGGGUGGCGGCAACGGCAACGGUAACCGCCGCGGCGGGAGUGGUGCAGGAGCAGAAAGACACCGCCACGGCCCUCACAAGAGCGGGCCUGGCCGUCAAGAUGCCGGCGGUCGAGGAGCGGGGGUCGGGGCCACCACAACCGCCGACGAUACCCACGACGACGGGUCACUGUCGGCGGUGACCGGUGUGUCGUACACUUCGUCGGCGCCGGCGAGAAGGGUUAUGAUUCGGGGCCUGCCCGGACUGGUGGAUAAGGCUCGAGACGCGCUGGUUGCUCUGGUUUUGGGACGGGAGGAUGGCGAGGUGGCGCUGGGGGAGGAGGCUGCGGCGGCUUUGGGAGCGGACAGCUGGAGGAAAAUUCAGGAUUCAAGCGAAAGGGUCACCAUUACCCCGGAUAGGUCGAGGUGCUCGCUUCGGGUCUCCGGCCCACCGGCGGCGGUUGAGGCGUGCAGGAGGGAGUUGUACACCAUGCUCGCGGACGCGUUUCGGGGAGAGUUUGUCGCGGUGCCCAUCCCACGCGAGGCCCUCCACGAGGUAGCCACCCCCCUUCGCCUUGCCGAUGCCGCCGCCGCCGCCGCCGCCGCUACGGCCUCCUCGCCAAGGACCGGCGAUGGCAAGCGAACCGCGGCGGCAGCGGGGCAAAUAGCGGAGGUUCUGGGACCUAUGGGAGUCGCUGCGGCGGCGUGCGGGUGGCGGGGCGAAGGCAACGUACAGCUCUUGGCCGACUGGCCGUGCUCGUGCGUUCGUGUGAGGGGGGAAGCAGCGGCCGUGAGCGUGGCGGUGGGCGAGAUCAACACCGCACUGUCGAAGUGGUCAGCCCUGGCCGUUGCCGCGGAGGUCGAGGAGUGGAUGGAGCCGGAGCUGUUCGGCAAGCAGCGCAAGGCCAUCAAGAAGCUGUCCCAGAGCAUGGGAGGUGUUGUCCUCAACGUCGUCGACGGCGUGUGCAGCGGGAGAGCCGCGUCCGAGGAGGAGGCUCGGGAUGCGACGAGAAAGCUCGAGGAGCGGGUGAGCGAGCUACGAGCUAGGCGGGCAGUGGUGCGAGUGCCCCCGGAGGUUGUGACCCGGCUGACAGGCCGAGGGGGAUGUAGCAUCGACAAGAUCAAGGAGAGAACGCGCGCGACCAUACGCAUCGGGGAGGGGGUAGGAGGGAACGAGGUUAUCAUCUGCGGGGACCCCUCCGCUGUCGCCGCGGCCAGGCGCGAGGUGGAGGCAAUGGCUCGCGGGCCGUCGAAGAGCAGCCCUGCGGCCCAGGCCCCCAAGGACAGGCAGAGCCCAGACGGCGGCGUUCCUGACGCGGCCGGGGACCCUUCGCCGCUCCUGCCGCCUUCCCCAGGCGAGGGGGUGCCGCAGACGGGAACCCCGUCGCCCCUGCCCCCAUCGCCGCAGAACCAGAACCAGCUGCACGCCGGCAACGCUGCGGGCGGCGGGGGUCAGGAUGUUGAUCUGGCGGACCGACGGGGGGGUGAGGCGACGGCAGGUUCGGUGAAGACGGCAGAGCCGGCGGGGUCACCACCACCCGCCGUCGUGGGUGGCAGCAAUCACCCGGCCAAGGGUUCUUCGGCGUCGUCGUACCGAGGGAGGCUCGGCGAGCGCGACACGCGGGUGUCGGCGGCGACGGAGUCGGAGGCGGAGCGCCUCCUUGCCAGCCUUCUCCUCGUGGACAACGUGGCGGCGGACGUGGGGCGGUUGUCGGGCCGGUCGCACUUCUCGCGCCGCCGUCGCGAAGGGGCGGCGGCGACGACGGGCGUGGGUGCCGGCCUGCGACAGCCGCCGCCGCCGCCGCCGUUUUCUGGUUCUGGCGAUACCGGCGGACACAGAGCGACACCCGCUGCUACUGCCGCCGGCGGCGGUCUCGUGGUUGGAUCCGCUACUCCGGCCUGCAACGGCUCGCCGCCUCCGUCGCUGCUGCCGGUCGGAGGUGGCGUGGCCCCGGCUUGCGGAGGCGGGUACUUCACGUCGAGCAGCGGGAUUCGGGUUCGCCUCUGAACGGGACAGGGAAAGUUACUGGUUGUGGCCGGGCGGGAGUACUGACCGUUCGUGAUGGUCAACAGGAAGAAGAUGAGGGUGAUGCCACAGGGUGGCGCGCAAUCAGCUUGCUGAUUGGUCAAUUUAUUGAUUGGCAGAUAGGUCGUGUGGCAGUUUUCGGGGGGGACGUGCCGUCUUUGGACGAGCUUGAUGUUUUUUUUGGGUUCGGGUACAGUUUGGCCUUCUGUUUUUGCGCGACACGCCAUUGGGCGCUGUUGUUUUCUUCGUACCUUCGCGUGCGGCUUGCAUAGCACGGAGCAAUUUUUGUUGGGGGUACGUGUGUACGGUCUGUAUCUACUUUGUUGAAACUUGUCGUGACGUAGCCGCGGCGAUUGUAGGCGGAGCAUGCGGGCGUUUGUGGAGCAUGUUUUUCACUCCAUGCAUGCGGCAAACGAGGCCAGGUGUAGAUGAGGAGGGUUCGUUUUUGUGUGUGCGCCCCAAAGGGGUGCGUUAUC